GCCAGUUCAGCUGUAAAGAACAGACCCGAUAACACAUGCGUAUUCGCCGGUGCGUCAUGGACAGACACGCGGGUGUUUCCGCACAAAUGUUACUUUACGCUCUUUACAGUUGCUUACAGUUAACAGAUCUCCCCCGUGGAAAUGCGAUAUGUUGAAUGUUGCAUUUCUUACGCGCGUAAUAAAAAUACACCUGUGCUUACGCGCGACACUCGCGAGGCAUGACGAGUCGCGCGAGAUAACCUUCGCACUUUGCGCGCAUCACGUUCGAAAGAGGCGAUCGCACUCGUUUCCACCCGGCGGUCCCUGGAGUGUGUUGUUUUUCGGCAACAAUUCUCUGGAGAGCCUUCGGAGCUUGUACAAUGAGUACAAAGCCGAGAAACUUUGCCGGCUGGAAGUAGUCUCGGUGUGUAGCAAGAAGAAUGAUGUGAUACAGUUUGCGAAGGAGAAGGGACUCGUUGUUAAUGAAUGGCCGCUCGCCAACAAUCCACGGGACUUUCACAUCGGGAUAGUCGUUGGCUUCGGCCACCUGAUACCGUUAGACAUUAUAAAUUCUUUCCCGCUCGGUAUGUUGAACAUUCACACUAGUCUGCUGCCACGAUGGAGAGGAGCGGCUCCCGAAGCUUACGCCUUGAUGAACGGAGACACUCAGACGGGAGUUACGCUUAUGAAAGUGGCGAAAACGUUUGAUACUGGAGAUAUAGUAACACAGGAGAAGAUAGAUAUUCAUGCAGAUGAAACUCUACCGGAAUUGAAGAUGAAGUUAGCAGAGCUGGGUGCAAAUGUUUUGAUCGAUGCGAUGGGAAAAUUGCCGCAAGUGUUAUCUUCCUCGAGGCCUCAGGGAAAAUUAGGCAUAACUUAUGCACCUAAAAUUACAUUGAAGAUCUCUGUAGUGAAUUGGGACGAGAUGACGGCGAAGAAUGUUUAUGAUCUGCAACGUGCUCUUCUAGGAAGGUACCCGUUAAAAACCAAGUUUGAUGGCACGAAUAUAAAAUUGUUGGAUGUCCGGCCGACGUCGAAGUCGGUAGAUGAAAAAAAUGCGGAUGUGCCAGGUCGUGUGACAUUUGAUCGGGAGAACAAAGUGUUAGUUGUGACAUGUAAAGGACCAAGUUGGAUUUCAGUAUCGAAAGUAAUUGUGGAAAGUCAUUCAGCUAUGAGUGCGACGUCCUUUGCAAACGGAUAUUUACGAGGUAGAAAGAAAGAUUGGAUAUUAUUUCAGAGUAAUGUUACAUAAUCUACAGCGCUGCUUCUGACUCCAACGCUGGUCUUUUGUAAAUCUAUGACAAUUUCAUUUAGAAAUAGAUCAUGAACAUAAAAUUUUUAUUGACUACAAUAGUAUUUAACUUAGAAUGUACAAAAUGUAAUAUUGACGCAGCGACUAUUGCAAUAAAAAAAAUUACAGAUUAUAUAUAUCAAUGUUUCUUUAAAUGUUCGAUACGAGAAAUUGCUUUUUGCUCUAAUCUUGUAAUUUAAAAUAGUAUCAUUCUUGUCUCAUGCGAAAAUAUUCUUUUGUAUAUUCUUUUUGUUCCUUGCUAUAAAAUUUAUUUAAUAUAUCUCUUUGCGUAGAUCUGUUAUAUAAAACUACAAAGCGUUAAGAAAAAAUCAGUGAAAGAAAUGACAAGAAAUAAGUAGCGCGAACUAUACUAAGAUUCAAAUGAAUCAGUUUUAAGUGGAAUUUGUAGAUUCUCAUAGAAUUCGGUUUUUCUUUAAAUUACAGCAAAGUUUCUCUCUUGUGAUUUCGUAUCUUACAAAAAAACAGAAUAACACUGAAGGCCUUAUUUAUAUAAACGUAGAAUUGGAGCUGCAGAUAGAAAAUUGUUGAUAUUAAGUCUCAGUUUCAGAGGCCUGAAAUAAAAGAAAUAUUUUUGCUAUAAAAAAAUCACUUUCUUUUAUUACAUUUAGUGUGCCAAUGAUAUAUAUCCACAUUGACAAUAUUAAGCGGAAGACACAAAAUGGAGUUCAGAAUGCUUCAAGACAUUAUUCUAGUUUGCUGUACACCACAAAAUAAAAAUAAAUAUAAUAAUUUAAUUUCCA